UGAGUGGUGCUUUUAUUGUGAAGAGGCGUUGCGGAAGUUGAUCUUGCGGAUGUUUGUUAGCUUUGCUUCGCUUCCUUAGAUUUUCCUCCACAGCUUCACCCCUUUCAUUCACUAGAGACUGUCCCACUCAGCGAGCAGGAAAAAAGCACAUCAUGGCAGAGCAGGAGCCCACACCGGAGCAGCUGGCGGCGCUGGCAGCAGAGAAUGACGACAGCGAGACCCAAGUCAACUACAAACCCCCCGCCCAGAAGAGCUUACAGGAGAUUCAGGAGCUGGACAAGGACGACGAGAGCCUGCAGAAGUACAAGGAGGCGCUGCUGGGAAAAACCGCUGAAGUGGUUACUGAUCCCAACGCUCCCAACGUGCAAGUGACACGAAUGACUCUCGUAUGCGAGACGGCCCCGCAGCCUCUGGUCCUCGAUCUGCAGGGAGAUCUUGAGAACUUCAAGAAGAAUCCAUUCGUGCUGAAGGAGGGAGUCGAAUACAAAAUGAAGAUCAGCUUCAAGGUCAACAAGGAAAUCGUGUCGGGCCUGAAGUACACCCAACAAACUUUCAGGAAAGGAGUUAAAGUUGACAAGUCAGACUACAUGGUUGGCAGCUAUGGGCCCAGACCAUCCCAGGAAUACGACUUCCUCACCUCCAUAGAGGAAGCCCCGAAAGGGAUGCUUGCCCGCGGCACCUACAACAUCAAGUCCAAGUUCACCGACGACGACAAACACGAUCAUCUCUCCUGGGAGUGGUCCCUGACGAUCAAAAAAGAUUGGAAAGACUGAUUAGGCCCCGCGCUCGCUCGCUCUACCGUCACUGUCCUCCCCUGCUCUGUCCCUUGCUUUCCUUUUCUUGCUGUCAUUCCAUGAUCUGUGUCUGGAUUCUGUGCCGCGCGAGGUUUUGCUGUCUCCGUCCAUCAGCCGCUCUCCAACAGUUUCACCGUCUGCUUCUAAAGACCAAUCAUGGCAUCAAUAAUGCUGCAUCGGUUUCUUUCUGAUUAGUAUUAAAUCUUUAAAAAAAAAAAAAAAAAAAUGGAGAAGGCAAAUACCGUGCACAAUCCAGAUUUUUAGUGACAGUUUGUUUAUAAGAAAAAAAAAAUUGGGCAAAAAAAUGUUUCCCAAGAACAAAAAAAAAAAAACCAUGAACUGUCUGAUUCCUUCUUCCUCAUGCUGUUUUCUCUUCUUCCCCCUCCUUCACUCUUUACCCCUCAGAUUGUUUUGUACGAUUGCCAUGAUCUGCCUUGGGAAAGAAAAAAAAAAAAAAAGAUGUACAGGAAGCGGGUGGUGCUGUAUGUACAUGGUCGCUGCACAGUCGCUGAGCAAUCACUGCUGGACACAACUUCUGGACUCGGCCCUCCUAAAGCCUUUGAGCAGAUUAUUAGUGCUCGGGUCUUGUUAAAUUAUUUGGAAUUCAGGUCACCUCUUUCUAGAUAGUUUAGCACCCACGGCGCUCCGCUCAGAGAACACAGGAAACGUAUUACCUCUAACUCUUCGGAACCCGAUUCUGUAGCUGUGGCCGUUCCUCUCCUGAUCAGGGUAUUUAGUUGUUUUAUUUUUUAGCAGCCAUGUGGCCUUAACACCAACGGUUUGGAAGAAAUAGAAAAUCUAGUUCGACCAUUUGCCUUCAGAUUAAAUUUGCCAGGUCAUCAUGUGAACGUCGUUGAAUAAAACCUGUAAUGCAUGCACAGGGGAAUGGGACUUUAAUUGUCUUUAUUUUGCAAUCGGUUUGUAGAAUCCAUCACAACGAGGAGCUAAAGUGUAGUUUUAAUGCACUGAAACUGUAAGUCAAAGGGUCCCGGUGGGGCUUUGUGUCAUUCGGUGUCCUCUCCCGUCUGCGAGGGUUAAAAAAAAAUAAA